AUGGCGGAUAUCCCCAACAUAUUCGCACAACCCAGCAUCGCUGCACUUCCACCCCCGACAAUCCGACAACUGGGCUCCAGCCAAGUCCUCAUCGGCCCCAGCUCCAUCGUAAAAGAGCUCAUCGACAACGCUCUCGAUGCCCGUGCAAAAAGCAUCUUCGUCGAUAUUUCCGCCAACACGCUUGAUUCCAUCCAAGUCAAAGAUGACGGUCACGGCAUUCCAAGUGACGACCGAUCUCUCGUCUGCCGCCGUUACUGCACCAGCAAAAUAAGAGAUUUGAACGAUUUGAGAGAACUAGGAGGGAAAUGGCUGGGCUUCCGUGGCGAGGCGCUGGCAAGUAUGGCGGAGAUGAGCAGCGCGUUUAGUGUGACGACGAGAGUGGAGGGUGACCCUGUUGCUGUCAAAUUGAAGUAUAGUCGGGAUGGGGAGCUUGAAUCUGUUGCGCAUGAUUCACAUCCUGUUGGCACGACUGUCAAAGUAAUGGGGUUCUUGGAGCAUAUACCUGUUCGGAAGCAGAUGGCGAUUAAGGAUGCGGCGAAGUGUUUGGGGAAGAUUCGACGAGUGAUGCAGGCGUAUGCGCUUGCAAGGCCAAGUGCUCGGUUUAGGCUUCGCGUGCUUAAGGCUAAGAAUGGUAAUGGCGACUUUAGUUAUGCGCCAAAAGCGCAUGCUACGGUCGGCGAUGCUGUGCUGAAGAUUUUCGGUAGAGACUGCGCUGCUCAGUGCAGUUUCACUACUGUGGAAGCUGAUGGCUUUGAGAUUCGCGCUUUUCUACCCAAGCCAACUGCAGUUGGGUCGAAGAUUUCAGGUCAUUGCAGCUUUGUCGCGGUCGAUGCACGGCCGGUGUCGAGUAACCGUGGUACUAUCAAGCAGAUGGUUCAUGCUUGCAAACAGCGACUUGGGAAGGCGAAUCCCUCUCUUGCAGGUGUUAGGGAUCCCUUCUUCUGCAUCAACAUUAUUUGUCCGCCUGGAAGCUAUGAUCCCAAUAUCGAGCCGACCAAAGACGACGUCAUGUUUGAGGACAGUAACAUUGUUUUGAGGGUCUGGGAAGAGUUGCUGGAUUCCUUGUAUACUGAAGCAGUCGUUAAUCUCGAUGAGCCAGACGACGUGGUCGAUCAAAAUCCGAACGAAGCUAUAUUUGAAUCGCACAACACAAGUGAUCAGAACGAGGCGUCAGUCCCUGCGCCGCAACCAAGGUGGAGACACAGCAUGUACGGCAUCGACGAAGAGGAUCUGGAGUUUUUACAGGACGACCGUACUCCGAUCAUUGACGAAGAAGAAGGACGCCACGCCGCAGAAGUAUCCAAUCCUUGGACUAUUACUCGAAUGAACGCUGCGAUCAAACCCAGGGCGCCCGCUAACAAUGUCCAACUUUUGAGUCCAGUGAAAAGUACUGGAAAUGUUGAUUCAAGUUCUAGUCCCUCGAGAGUACCUGCAACGCCUAACCGAGUGGUUUCAGCAGAACCUUUGACGCCUCAGACAUCUUCGAAGGCGAAUACGGUGCAAUCACUGCUUGAUGAUGAGCUUGAGCGUAGCAUACAACGCCUACCUCCGCCAUCAUCGGUAGCAGGAAGUAUUAGUGACUGGGUUUUGGAUCGCCUGGGAGGCCAAGCGAUCGAU